AUGUACCUGCCGAGACUGGAUUUGGACAAUUUUGCUGUUACACCCUAUCUAUCUAUCUAUCUAUCUAUCUAUCUAUCUAUCUAUCUACAUAUAUAUUCAUUGAGUUUCUUUCUUUCUUUCUACCUGUCCUCAUCUAUCUAUCUAUCUAUCUAUCUAUCUAUCUAUCUAUCUAUCUAUCUAUCUAUCUCCAAGCUGUUCAUAUCUAUCUAUCUAUCUAUCUAUCUAUCUAUCUAUCCCCAGGCUGUUCAUAUCUAUCUAUCUAUCUAUCUAUCUAUCUAUCUAUCUAUCUAUCUAUCUAUCUAUCUAUCUAUGCCCAGGCUGUUCAUAUCUAUCUAUCUAUCUAUCUAUCUAUCUAUCUAUCUAUCUAUCUAUCUAUCUAUCUAUGCCCAGGCUGUUCAUAUCUAUCUAUCUAUCUAUCUAUCUAUCUAUCUAUCUAUCUAUCUAUCUAUCCCAGGCUGUUCUAUAUCCAUCUAUCUAUCUAUCUAUCUAUCUAUCUAUCUAUCUAUCUAUCUAUCUCAUUCUAUUUAUAUCUCUCUAUCAGUGUAUCUUCGUCUCUAUUUUCUUGUCUGUCUAUCGUUUAAUCAAAGGCCAGCAAAGCAACUGCCUACUAAGCGUACUGCGUUCUCCUUGUACGAGAUGUUUAUCACGCUAGUGAUUGAGUCACUGAAUUCUAUCCCGCCAUAUUCACACUCACUGCACACUCAUUUUUCUUUCUUUGUAAUGCUUUUUCGCUCUUUUCUCUCUUUCGUGGGCGCCCACGCCACCUUACGGAUGAAAAGAAAAUUAGUUAGUUAUCUUAUCUUGGUAUCAGCACCGCCAUCAUUAUCACUCAGCUCUUCUUGCCAAGGACCUUCCAGGCCAUGCAAAAGUCGUCUUUCUUUUUUCUUUUUUCUUUCUUUUUUAAACUUUUUCUUAUCUCAUCAAAGACUGAGACUUUCAAAAGUUCUUUUUUCCUUUCUUUCUUUCUUUCUUUCUUUUUCUUUUAAACCCUUCCUUUUCUUUCUUUUUCUUGACAAGAAAAGAAAAUUCCUUUUUAAUAUCUCCAUUUCCUUUCUUUCUUUUUUUCUUUCCUUUUUUUCUUUCUUUUUCAUACGUUCUCCUUUCCUACUGAGUCGUCCUUUCUUUCUUUCUUUCUUUUUCUUUCUUUUUUUUUCUACGUUUCCUUUCCUACUGAGUCGUCCACUUCUUCUUUCUUUUCUUUCACUUUUCUUUUUUCCUUUUUCUUUCUUAAAGUCCCUUUCUUUCUUUCUUUUUCUUUCUUUUUCUUUCUUUUUCUUUUUUCUUUCCUUUUUUAAUAUCUCUCAUUUGAUCGUCCACUUUCUUUCUUUCUUUCUUUCUUUCUUUAAACCCUCUCCUUUUCUUUCUUUUUCUUUCCUUUUUAAUAUCUCAUCAUUCAUACUCGUCCACUUUCUUUUCUUUCUUUCUUUUCUUUCUUUUCUUUUCUUUCUUUUUUUUUCUUUUUCUAAUUCUCCUUUUCUUUUUUUAAUAUUCAUCAUUUUUCUUUUCCUACUGAGUUUUUUAAUAUCUUUCAUCAUUCAUACGUUCUCCUUUCCUACUGAGUCGUCCACUUUCUUUCUUUCUUUCUUUUUUUUCUUUUCUUUCUUUCUAAACCCUCUCGUCCACUUUCUUUCUUUCUUUCUUUCUUUUCUUUCUUUCUUUUUUUUUCAAACCCUCGUCUUUUCUUUUCUUUUUUCUUUCCUUUUUUUAAUAUCUCAUCAUUCAUAUGUUCUCCUUUUCCUACUGAGUCGUCCACUUUUCUUUUCAUUUUCUUUUCUAGGUCGUUUCUUUCUUUCUAAACCCUCUCCUUUUCUUUUAAACCCUCUCCUUUUCUUUUCUUUUCUUUUUUUUCUUUCCUUUUUUAUUCUUUCAUCAUUCAUUAUACGUUCUCCUUUCCUACUGAGUCGUCCACUUUCUUUUUUUCUUUCUUUUUUCUUUUCUAAAACCCUUUCCUCUUUCUUUUCUUUUCUUUUUUCUUUCCUUUUUAAUAUCUCAUCAUUCAUUUCUCCUUUCCUAUUCGUCCACUUUUUCUUUCUUUUUUCUAAACCCUCUCCUUUUCUUUCUUUUUCUUUCCUUUUUAAUAUCUCAUCAUUCAUACGUUCUCCUUUCCUACUGAGUCUCGUCCACUUUCUUUCUUUCUUUCUUUCUAAACCCUCUCAUUUUUUUCUUUUUUUUUUUUUCUUUUCUUUCUUUUUUAAUAUCUUUCAUCAUUCAUACUCGUACGUUCACUUUCUUUUCUUUUCUUUCUUUCUUUCUAAACCCUCUCCUUUUCUUUCUUUUUCUUUCCUUUUUAAUAUCUCAUCAUUCAUACGUUCUCCUUUCCUACUGAGUCGUCCACUUUCUUUCUUUCUUUCUUUCUUUCUAAUUUUUUCUAAACCCUCCUUUUCGUUUUUCUUUUCUUUCUUUCUUUUUUUUAAUUUUCUCAUCAUUCAUCAUACGUUCUCCUUUCCUACUGAGUCGUCCACUUUCUUUCUUUCUUUCUUUUUCUUUCUUUCUAAACCCUCCUUUUCGUUUUCUUUCUUUUUUCUUUUCCUUUUUUUAAUAUCUCAUCAUUCAUACGUUUCUUUCCCUUUUCCUUUUCUUUUCUUUUUUUCUUUCUCGUCCACUUUCUUUCUUUCUUUCUUUCUUUUUCCUUUUUUUUUUUUUUUUCUAAAUCAUUUUAUACGUUCUCCUUUCCCUCAUCCACUUUCUUUUUUUCUUUCUCUAAACCCACUUUAUAAACGUUCUCCUUUCCUACUUUUUUCUUUUCUUUUUUCUUUCUUAUGUAAACCCUCCUUUCCUUUUUCUUUUUUUUCUAAAUUCCUUUUUUUUUCUUUUAAUACCAUCAUUUAUAUUCUCCUUUUCUUACUGAGUCGUCCCUACAAACCCUCUCCUUUUCUUUCUUUUUCUUUCCUUUUUAAUAUCUCAUUGUUUCAUGUUCUCCUUUAUAAAAUUUCAAAGUUUCUUUCUUUCUUUCUUUCUAACCCUCUCCUUUUCUUUCUUUUUUUCUUUGAUUGCUUUCUUUCUUUCUUUCUUUCUUUUGUAAUACCACCGCUCUCAUUAGUUUUCCCUGUCCUUCUUAUAAAAUUAAAAGCUGAUUCUCUGUGUGACGUUGCAUGCGUGUAG